UUAUACUACCGUACGUUGUUUAUCAAGUACCUAUAUUUUAUUAUUCUAUCAUAAAAUUGUUUUGUAUGCCAGAUAAAUAGUGUUUCAGUAAAAUAAAUGAUCGAUACAACUGCUGUUUCCAAAUGAGUUUAGUCAGCAACCUAUUUUAAAUACGUGGUGUUGUGAUACGGUCUCGUUCAGCUCAUUCAUGUACAUACAGAGGAUCGUAAAUAACCUAAUAUCCAAAAAUUAUAUAUUUUAUGAUUUGCAAAACUGCUUGCAUAUUUUGAAUUGUAAACAGUCAGUAGGUUAAUGGAUAUUAACCAAUCGUCAUAAAAUGGCAGAAAAUCCUGAAACGACGAAAGACAAAUAUGUUGAGGUUAUGCGCGAGGAUAUGAGAGAAACAAUAUCAUCAUAUAGAAAACAUCAACGAGAAAUUGUAUUGAAUAAGAACAGACAAGCUUUGGGUGAAAUAUCCAAUUCACUGUGUUUUAGUAAAGAAUUCAUAUUAGCAAAGGCUCAUUUACUAAAGAAAAAGCCAUUAGCGAUAGAAGAUUAUCAACAAUUACAAAAUGCCCUCAUACAGAGUGAGGAAAACAUCAAUACAUUUUUAAAAGUGGAAAAUAUUGUGUAUGCUUUGGUUCGAGAUCUGUCUGGAAAGAAUCCUGUUAUACAAUUAUAUGCAGCCAGCUGUUGCUGCAAUAUUGCACUUGGUAAUUCCAAAGUUUGCACUAUUCUGGUAAAAUCUGCAGCUCCGUAUCUGAUUGGAAUAUUAGAUACUUUAAACUAUCCACUAAUGGACAUUUGUAUAUGGACCAUAGGAAACUUGGUUGGUGGUAGUGAAAAAGCAUUUGAAACUCUUUAUGCUCAAGGUUGUUUGAGACAUUUGGUUUCCUUAAUGUGCAACUGUGAUAUUUCUAUUCUACCUUCAGUAAUAUACGCAAGCAUACAUUGCAUUUAUGCUGGCACUCAGUACAAACAGUACGAUGUGAUUGAUGAAAUAGUGCCAGUGGCAGAAACACUUUCAGAAAGGUUCUCUGAAUGUAUUCGUUCUAAUGCCAGUUGGCUUUUGGCUUUACUUUCAUCUGAACCCGCCUGUACAAUUCCUCUUUUAAAAGUAGUACCAUCUGCAGUCAACUAUCUUUACAGUAGUAUUGCUGAUGAACUGUCGGAUGUGAUUCGGGUCACGGCUACUGUAAGAUUACUGGCAAAUACAAUACCAGAAGCAUCGGGGCAAGCAGCAAAGGCGUUAUUAAAUAAUCCCAAUUAUACAAGAGAAGAAUUGCACUUUCUCAUGAAUAAAUUACUAUCACACCCAUAUAUUCAUGUUAGAAAGGAAGCGCUAUGGAUGACAGGAAAUCUAUAUAAUCAUGAAUUAUCAGAUGUGAGUCAAACGGUCAAAGAUAUGAUGAUUCAUCUACCUUCAAUGCAAUUAGCCGUACUUUCUGCGACGUAGCCGGACUGAUUAGGAAGAAUGAUUAAUUUUUUAUCAAGAAUUGAAACAAUGAUGUAAACCGUUUUUUCGUACCCUCAUCUUCUAUACAUGGUACUUUCACUAAAUUGAAGUAUAUACGUCCCAUGACGUUGCCGGACGGAUGAGAGGCGGCCUUCAGGCACUUGUACAGCAAAUCAUCACAGUUACAGUGUGAUCUGUAUUGGAAACAAAAAUAAAGUGAUUCAGUACACGACAAAAAAAUA